CCGCCACACACACCACACAACACACCACACACCACACGCUACAGCAGUCACAUAGACCCCACUGAGGGCCCAUCCAAGCCCAUACAUGGUUGGGCGUCCCCCCGGUAAACGAAACAAGAAGCGUGGCAGCUGCCAAACAAGAACAGGUGGUCGGUUCGGCGCGAAAGCGGCCGCGUCACCAUCCCCCGCUGCGGACACUUCACCGCCACAUGACCACCACGACACAUGUUAUGAAGGAGACGAGGAGGACCACAGCAGCAGCCAACACAGCAGCGACAGCAGUAGUCACUAUGGCAGCUGCAGCUCGGGGAGCUCGGGCCGUGUCAAGCGUGAUGGCACGAGCAAACGACAGCGCAGGCGCCGCCGGCAACAGCAGCGAGAAAAAGAAGAAAAGAGGGGCUUUCGCACUCUUUUUCAGAUGUGGGCGCCGACUCCACCGCCUCCGCCCGGCAGCACUUUCGCCCCCACCUCUACAGAGACCGAAAGCAAGGUGGGACAGUUUGAGGACGGGGCGGUUGUGUUCGAGGUUGAGGGAGGUGGAGACGACGGUGACGAGCUCUGCAAUUGGUUUGGACAAGAUGCCAUGGAGCAGGUGGAUGUGUGUCUGGACGCGUGCAGUUCCGCGUCUGAGGGGCUCAUCUUUGGGGGAUACGCUGGCGACUCGGCUGACUGCACGUCGUCAGAAGAGUCUAACAUGGAGUGGAGCGACGUGGAGCAGACGUUGGAGCAGACGCCGAAGCAGCCGUCGCAGGGAGCGUUGCAGAAUCCCGAUCGGUGCGCAGAUCGAGAUUCCGCCGCACAGCGGAAAUCAUGCCGCAUCCAGCCGGCGGCUACUGCCGCGGCGCGGGCGCGGAAACCGCGGCCAAAGGGCUUGCCAGCUGGCCCAGGAAGAGGAAAGAAGGAGAAGCAAUGUAACCCCAAGCGCAGGAGAGUGUCUCGCAAGGAGCAACGAAGGCGGGAGAGGAGGUCGAAGAAAUCCGGGAGACGGCGCGCAGUGCGGGAAGCGGCGCGUUUGAAGGUGCAGCAAGAGCGGCUAGAGAUCUUCGAACAGGCGAAGGGUAUUCUUUUUCCGGCGGUCCGGCACUUCCGGCUGGAAAACAUCGUGGAGAACCCGGACGAGGCGCUAGCAACCGACAACAAGAAGGGGUACGCCAUGAGACAGGCGUCCGCCAUCUUGACCUUCGUGUCGCUAGAGAUUGCUGAUGGACUUCACCCCAUCAAGCACAGCGAGGUUGCGGCGCUUCCGGUCGGCGUGACCGGUAAAGUGGUUCGGGCGUGGGUGCGUGAUUUUGUCAACGGCAAGAGGUUCAAGGUUCGCGUGCGGGACUACGCUGCUCGCAACCUGCUCUCGGUAAUCAACGACGAGGACUUUCGCGAAGAGUCGCGCGAGUGGCUGGACGCCAAGAUAUACGGCCGCAAGGAGGGGGAGCCGCAGCUACGUGUUCGGGACUUCCAGAAGCAUCUCAACGACACCGCGCUCAAGCCUUACAUGGAAGAGGGUGCGCGGGGAAUCUCCCUCGACACGGUGCACAGAUGGCUGCAGGACUUGGGCUUCCGUUGGCGGCGACACCGAAAGUGUGUCUACGCAGACGGUCACAACCGCCCCGACAACAUCAGGAGGAGGAUGGGUUACGUGACGGAGAUGCAGGAGCACCAGAAGCGUACAGUCAAGCUCGCAAAGAUCGGUGAGGGCCCGGAAGCCGAGGAGGUUGCUCUUUGGCCUGCGGUGUUCGAGAGUGCGGGGGGCGAUCCUCUGGGGGAAGGGAGCACAUGGAUGCACGUUCAGCUCGAAGGCGAGUGCGGCUGGGAGAAGCAGCAUAACCUCAGGACGAGCGGAAAGCUCGAAGAGCUUCCGGUCGACGAGAGACUCGAGCUGUGGUGCACGGAGCGGCAGCGUGUUCCAGCCCAACCGCUGCCGCCCGGGUUUCGCUUGCUGGAACCGAGGGAGGUGAUGGAGGUGGUGUACCACGACGAGUGCGCCUACAAGCAGAACGACAGCGGCGGGGCAGCGUGGGAGAACGAUGAAAAGGGCGCAGCGAUGAGCCCGAAAAACGAGGGCGCCGCUGUCAUGGUGUCGGACUUGAUCGGCGAGGAACGCGGGCAGCUGGACAUCCCCGCUGAGGUGUACGCGAUCAUGCAGGAACACGGGACAAUGCCGAAGAUGGAGAUUACGGAUGAAGGAGCUACGCUCUCCCGCAGCGACACCUACGUCGGGCGUUGCAAGCCGUGCGAAGAGUACCCCGACGGCAUGAAGACGAAGAAGGUGUCUGAUGCUGUUCACUCGCUCGAGCGCGUUCUUUCGGAGCUGAACAUCGACUGCAAGGAAUCUGGGCCCGAGUACAACCUUGCGCGCUCGGCCAGGAUCAUCCUCCGGGUCGGCAAGAACCUCGACGGAUACUGGGAUAGCAACCGCUUGUGCGUGCAGCUUGAGGCCAUAUUCGCGGCGUUCGAGAUCUCGAGGGAACCAGGCCGACAGAUGCUCGCAGUCUUUGACAACUCCACCGGGCACAACGCAUACAGCCCCGACGCCUUGAGGGCGCAGAACAUCCGAGCCUCACCAGGGGGCGAGCAGAUCCCCCCCCGCAACUUCGAGUACAACGGCAGAACGAUCUACACGACGUUUCGGGAGGGCGACGUGCUGUGCUUCAGAUCCAGCCCCUUCGCUCGAAAGACGGAGGCGGAGGCCGUGGCCAAGAAACGACACGGGAAAAGGUUGGGAGUGUUCCCGAUAGGAACGGUUGUCAAACGGGGGACCAGCUCGGAGAAGCUGAUUGGUGUCGCCAAGGGGAUGAAGGAGAUUCUGGAGGACAUGGGGCUGUACAAGCUAGCCAGCGAAACGAAAGCGCCACCGCUGCUGUGCCAAAGGUGCAAAGACGAGGCUAAGGCCAAGCGGGACAAGUCAACGAUGUACAACAAGGGGGGGGAGAGCCGGCAGCAGGCGCUCGAAGGCGAAGGAGACUCCGAUGAUUCGGACGAAGACAGCGAGGAAGGUGGUGCUCGCGAUGCAGCCAGAACAUCGAGAAGAUGCUGCUGCCAGCGAAUCAUCAGCGAGGUCAAGGCCUUCAAGGAGCAGAUGAAUCGGGUCGAGGAGCUGUUCGAAGCUGCUGGGCACGCAUGCAUUUUCCUCGCCAAGUACCACCCGGAGCUCAAUGCUAUCGAGCGUUCCUGGGGCUACACCAAGUCUAUCAAGCGCCGUGUCUGCGACUACUCCGUCCUGAGUCUGCUUGCAAGCCUUCCCAUGACGCUGAGCUCUUUGUCACUGUGCCGAAAAUGGGCCCGUGUUUCCUGGCUGUACAUAUAUGCCUACAGCCACGGGCUUGAGGGCUACUUGCAAACCCGAGACCUCAAGAAGUGGACGAACCACCGCUCGCCCACCGACACGGCCGACAACGUGUUGCUGGCUCGUGGCCAAGCAACAACCGCGGAGGAGCGCAAGGCCAAAGAGCAGGCCGCCCUUGCCGCGGCCAAGGAGGCCAGAAAAAAGUCUAACGAGGCUGCCGAUAAGAUGUUGAAGCGUUUCGUAGCGGCAAAGCUCGCACCACCUCACUUCACCGGCAGCACCAGCCGGCGCGAUGUUGUAUCUGUGUCGAUAGAUAUUCUACCUUACAUUUGCGUCCUGCUCCUUUAUACUUUGAUUUAAAAAUUUUUACAUGUGGUCUAAACCGACAUGGUAUAUAGUAUUCUAGAUAGAUAGAAUAUAUAGGACACAACUUAGUGUAGAUAGAAUAUAUAUCUAUCAAGCGAAAAAGGCUGUUCUACUCGGCGCUGCCGAGCUAAGGGUGCAGGGCCCUGCCUGCGGGGCUGUACUCGGGGUAAUACGUGCCGUUUCGGGACAAUACGCGGCGUUUCGGGAUAAUUUCGGUGUAAUUUUCGCCCCAAAACGGCCAUUUUCACCAAAAAAAAAACUGACCCCGGAUAUCGAUGCUUCUCGACCUUGCGGUUCUUCUCAACUUUUUUUCGCGUGUCAACUCUCAAAAACAAGCGAGAAAAAGUGGGGGUCAUGUUGUGGAAAAAUUUAACCGGACGGACUCUACAGUGCACACAUGUGCGCAGGGCCGAAAAAUUAUUUGUACCCACAGGGACGCAUAUAGGCCAUGCACCCACACCUUUUCUACCGACGGAAAUCUUGACUGAGGAACGACCGUCACGAACAUGUAUGUAUGCGUUUUUCUUGUUUCUUCAACCUGUCGCUGUACAAGUCUACAGGCAGGCAGGAGCGGUUUUCUGUCCCUCCAUGCAGCAACUACAUGAACCCGGGUGCUACGUUGGUGUUGACGCGGGUAGGUGCUAGGUUUUGUGGCCCUAGGUCGCUCUUGGUUGGGUGGUUCUGUCGGGCUAGACUCACCCUCAAGGGACCGAUACCUUCUUGCUGCGGCGCACCCGCCGCGAGGCGUGCGUAGUGGUGGAGUUGGGUCGGCACUGGUGCGUCAGGUGUUGGGUGUAUGUCAUGACGUCACUGGUUUUGUAGAGAGACGCGGCAGAGAUGGCGCGGAUAACCUGUGGGUACCUUAAUUGUGUACCUGCAUCGUGGAAGACCCCUUCAAUGUGGAACGAUUCCUAGUCAGUGUCGAUGUUUACACUGCUGUGCCUAACACAGAUGAUCUGGAUAGAUUCGGGUGAUUGUCAAUUGCAAUGAUGGCUUUGGUUGGGUGUUCUCCUUCAUUGUAUGUCCACGGACUCAUUAUGACAGCACUUCAGACAGCAGCAGGAUGCCCCGAGCUUGUGUACCAUGCACCAUGGUGUUAUUUUUGUACAGACAGCACUUCAGACAGCAGUACGCUGUAGUCGACAAACACUCAUUUUGGUUAAAUGCGGGACAAGGGGGGUGAUGCUGCUGCUGUAGUCGAUUUGUAGUGUGUGGGCGUGUAGUUCAGUUGUGAUCAUGCAAACGUGCUGCAGGGAUUGCAGGUGUACCUCCUCGGGCUUGCGUGCCCUUUUCUUGCUAAUAGUGUGUGUGUUCUUUAGAUCCUCUGAUGGCUCUAGCGUUUUUGUGACCACGGACCGAGUCUUUGCUAGAUUUUGGGAUUAGCAACUGACACGAGUUUAAUAAACAACAACAACAACAACA